AUGACCAACUGUGAAAGGAAGCGGAGGAAACUGACAUCGGUCGACACUUGUGAGCUGUGCAAGCUUGCUCCAGAAACAACCGAGCAUAUACUGCGGCACUGCCCGCAUACCCAGCAGGUAUGGCGUAUACUAAAUCUCUCAGACAAUGUCCUGAAUGUUGGCCUCUGUUUUGCAGAUUGGCUGGCAGCAAAGCUGAAAGAUGCGGACUCUGGAUUACUCUUUGGAGUGGCGGCUUGGUACUUAUGGAAGAGGAGGAACGAGUACAUUUUCCAGCAGAAGCAGACAAAUGAUCAGGUGCUUGGACAAAGAAUCCGGAGCUGGGCAAAUACAAUAAAGCAAGCGCAGGAAAAUGACAAGCAGGUGCACCAAACAACCACCACCAAAACCUUGAGGCAGCUACACUGGACUCCGCCGCCGACCGGUUGGGUAUGCGUUAACACAGAUGGCUCCGUCCGGCAACCAGAAUCUAAGGCGGCGGCAGGUGGCCUUAUCCGCGAUGAACUAGGAAGAUGCAGAGGAGCGUUCACAGCCAACUUGGGAGUCUGCACGAUUACUAGAGCUGAACUGGUCGGAGCCAUUCAUGGGCUAAAGAUGGCUUGGGAUCAAGGACACAAAAAGGUGCAGCUUCUUCUCGAUUCUAUUACGGCUAUCAGGAUCUUGAGUGCAGGAGAGAAACAAAACCAGAGAUAUUACAACAUCACCAGACAGUUUCAGGAACUGAUCAACAGAAAUUGGGAGGUACAAGUCUCUCAUACUUACAGGGAAUGCAACAGAGCAGCAGACUUCCUUGCCAACAAGGGGCAUGAGGUUAGCGUAGGAAACCAUAUUGUUAGUAGUUCGGAUUCAGGUCUUUCCUUUUGGAUCUUGUAUGACUCAAUGGGCAUCGCCCAAGAUCGUUUAAUUUAA